AUGUAUGUUACACCGGAGAAUUAUAAGUAUAUCGGUGAUAAUGAUGUUGGUGUAUAUGUUAAUGAUGUUGGUGUAAAUGAUUCAUUUGACAAAAAAAAAGCAGUAGCCGUGGUGAAUAAGGUUGGUAAUGAAUCUAGAAAACAGGAAGUUCCGUUUUUGCAUGAUGGUGAACUAAAAGGAUAUGGCGAGUUUGCGGAUUGUGACAAGUUGGAUAUAUCCGGCCUAGAUAGUGAUUCUAACGGAGAAGAAUUAGAUGACGAAUCUAAGCUUAUUUAUUCAGAUACCAUGUUUCAUGGUAUGUCCCCUUUGCCUUCGUGUCCUGUAAAUGCUGAUGUGAACAUUCCAUGUCAGAGGGUGUAUAUAAGUGAAGAGAUUAAGGUUUUAGACAUUUUUGAUGACAAAGAGUUGCUCAAGCUUGCAAUUGGAAGACAAUGCAUGGAACAAGGGCAAGGGGAAUCCAAUCAACUACUGCUUUCCAAGUCACAAAAGUUGUUGACCAACACACAUGUUGUGCGACAAAUUUGGAGUCUAAUAAUCGACAAUCAAAGAAAAAGGUACUUGGCCACUUUAUCGCUGAAGUAUUGGCCGGAGACUAUAAUAGAGUUUAUCGGGGCAAUGAAAUUGUUAGGGACAUCAAUUCUAAAUUUCCAAUCAAUAUCUCAUACCAACAGGCAUGGCGUGCAAAACAGUAUGCGUUGUUGA